AUGGAAAAUCCUUCACUUCUCAAGGAAGACUGGACAAAGCUAUGGGCAGAUAUUGGAGAGCUUCCAGAAAUAGACCCUGUAGAACCAGAGCCAUAUAAUGCAAAUCCUGUACAAACAACUAUCGAUUUUUGCAAGAAGCAUGAAAUUUAUUGUCCAAAUCCAGAAAUAAGACCUCUUAUAUAA